UUCUUUUUCCUUCUUUUACUCUGUCCCAGCAGGUAUUACUCUCUUCAGAAGACACAACUGCAGUUAGCACUUUCUUCAGAUGCUGAUACUUGGUAAACAGCUGCUCUUGAUCACAAGAUUUAGAAGAUAGUCUCCAUCCUCCCAGAUUGGAUCUCUCUUCAUAUGGAUCUUCUAUUUCUAUGUCUUUAAAAAAAAAUAACCUUUUUGGGAACAUUUUGGAUUACAACGUUUCAUCCUCAUCUAUGCAAAGAAAGGAAAGCUGUUGUGCUGGGAUUUUGAGGAGAUUGGACGCAGGGCUUGAAAGUUCCAGCUUUCUACUCAGAUGCUUGGCUGCUUUGGCAACCAGUUCCGUUCUGAAGGUAUCUCGGAGGCCACCCAGAGUUGCCUCAUUAGCUUAAACUCAGCUUUUACUAAAAGGAUUCCUGUAUACUUUAGAAGUGCUUGAGGAAGAGUGAUAAAGCUCUGAAUCGUGUCCUGCAACAGAUCCGAGUGCCACCCAAGAUGAAGAGAGGGACGAGCUUGCAUAGUAGGCGGGGCAAGCCAGAGGCCCCAAAGGGAAGUCCCCAAAUCAACAGGAAAUCUGGCCAGGAGAUGGCAACUGUUAUGCAGUCUGGCCGACCCAGGUCUUCAUCCACUACUGAUGCUCCUACCAGCUCUGCUGUUAUGGAAAUAGCUUGUGCUGCUGCUGCUGCUGCUGCAUGUCUUCCAGGGGAUGAGGCAACUGUAGAGCGGAUCGAGCGGUUGGAAGUAAGCAGCCUCGCCCAGACUUCCAGUGCAGUGGCCUCCAGCACUGAUGGCAGCAUCCACACAGACUCGGUGGAUGGAACACCAGACCCUCAGCGUACAAAGGCUGCUAUUGCUCACCUGCAGCAGAAGAUCCUGAAGCUCACAGAACAAAUCAAGAUUGCGCAAACAGCCCGGGAUGACAACGUUGCUGAGUACUUGAAGCUUGCCAACAGCGCAGAUAAGCAGCAGGCUGCCCGCAUCAAGCAGGUCUUUGAGAAGAAGAACCAGAAAUCUGCCCAAACCAUCCUCCAGCUACAAAAGAAGCUUGAGCACUACCACAGGAAGCUCCGAGAAGUGGAACAGAAUGGGAUCCCCCGGCAGCCAAAGGAUGUCUUCAGGGACAUGCACCAGGGUUUGAAAGAUGUGGGAGCGAAGGUGACUGGCUUCAGUGAAGGUGUGGUAGACAGUGUCAAAGGUGGACUUUCCAGCUUCUCCCAGGCAACUCAUUCAGCAGCAGGGGCAGUAGUCUCAAAGCCCAGAGAGAUUGCUUCAUUAAUUCGGAAUAAAUUUGGCAGUGCAGACAACAUCCCUAACCUGAAGGACUCUUUAGAAGAAGGGCAGGUAGAUGAUGGGAAGGCUUUGGGAGUGAUUUCAAACUUUCAGUCGAGCCCAAAAUAUGGUAGUGAAGAAGAUUGUUCUAGUGCCACUUCAGGCUCAGUAGGAGCCAACAGCACCACUGGAGGCAUCGCUAUAGGAGCAUCUAGCUCCAAAACAAACACUCUGGACAUGCAGAGCUCAGGAUUUGAUGCACUAUUCCAUGAGAUCCAGGAGAUCCGGGAAACCCAGGCCAGGCUAGAGGAAUCCUUUGAGACCCUCAAGGAACAUUAUCAGAGGGACUAUUCAUUAAUAAUGCAGGCCUUGCAGGAAGAGCGAUAUAGAUGUGAACGAUUAGAAGAACAACUAAAUGACCUAACAGAGCUCCAUCAGAAUGAAAUCUUGAACUUGAAGCAGGAAUUGGCCAGCAUGGAAGAGAAAAUUGCAUAUCAGUCCUAUGAACGGGCCCGGGAUAUCCAGGAGGCCCUGGAGGCGUGCCAGACCCGCAUCUCCAAGAUGGAGCUACAGCAGCAGCAGCAGCAGGUGGUGCAGCUGGAAGGGCUGGAGAAUGCCACUGCCCGGAACCUUCUGGGCAAACUCAUCAACAUUCUUCUGGCUGUCAUGGCAGUUCUUUUGGUCUUUGUCUCCACCGUAGCCAACUGCGUGGUUCCUCUUAUGAAGACUCGCAACAGGACGUUCAGCACUUUAUUUCUUGUGGUUUUCAUUGCCUUUCUCUGGAAGCACUGGGAUGCCCUCUUCAGCUAUGUGGAACGGUUCUUCUCAUCCCCCAGAUGAUGCUGGCAAAAGAAGGCAGUGCUCCCCUACCCUCUGGCGAGUGCAUGCAGCAAAGAAUUAGACAGCAACUUACCUUCUCUGAAGUUUUCUACAACAAAAGAGUUGAGUGAAUCUGUUUACAUUUAGAAUAAUGUUUUUUCCUUCAAGAGACACAAUUGCAAUAGUAUUUUUUAGAUUUUAUCCAAGAAGUUUUUUGGGCAAAAUUCUUGGAUCAUUUUUAUGUAGCAUGAUUUUCCUUGGGAUGCAAAUCUUAAACAGUCCUUUAACAUGAACCAACAAUCUGGAGCACACUGAAGGGCAUCUAAAAUGUGGCUUGAAAAACUGCACUAAAACCCACUAAAAAGAUGCAAAAACCUGAUUAGGGAAACCAGUUAAACCUAACACCCUGCCUUGUCUGGGCUCAACACC